AGUAGUAGUAAUGAACUGCGCAUGAGCAGUUGUAAACUUGUUUCGAGUUUGAAGUUUUAGACCAUAGUCUGUAGUGUUCAAAACAGCCCGUUACAGUCCCUUGUUUGUAAAGAAUUGCAGUUUGUCUGAUAAGAUUGAUAACUUCGUUGAAUAAAGUAUUUAUUGGCGACAGAAGAAUGUUCGCGUGUCCCUAAGUUAUAAGAAGUUUAUACCAGCUGUUGUGGUAGUGCUGUUUCGUUGUGUACAACUGUUACUUCCAGCGAGCACCACAGCAGCUAUGAGGAGGGCUAUAGAGCGGAGAUAGUAACUCUAGGGGCUUGUCUAUGUUACGUUUUGGUUCUGCCAUGGGCCAGUCAGUAAGAGUUCAUCUGUUGUCUUUGCUUUCCGAUUCUAGAUCACUGACUUCAGAGAAAAGGAUUAUGUCUACGUUUUCAAAUUUAACUUCUGUGCCACCAUUAUCGACGACAGCCCCAAGUCCACAGUUCCUGAACCAGUGUUUCAGUACACCACAGGGUAGUACAGUGCUAGAAGGACUUCCCUUUGGAGGAGUACCAACUGUACUGCUUAUAGAUUUCUUAUGCUUUGUGGUCUUAAUUUUAGUAUUUACAUGUAUUCGAAGAUCUUUGUGGGACUAUGGACGCCUUGCAAUGGUGGCAGAACGGGAAAGUACUUCAGAAGCCCCAUCAGAAGGCCAUAGGUAUGAGAGAUUCUCAUCAAUUUCUUCUGUUGAUGAGCAAACUGAACGUGACAAGGGAUACUGUGGCUGGCUUACAUCCAUCUUUCAAAUGAGGUAAGCAUGUGUGCAUCUU